AUGGCUUAUGAUACGAAAACCGACGAAUUAAUUGAAUGUUUAGGAUCUUCAAUUAACAAUUUUCUUCCGGGUUUUGAUCUUGAAAUUCGUGAAAACGUUAGAGUUGCUGCUCAAACCGUUUUACGAAGGAAUAUAAUGACGAUAAUAUUAGAAAUAUGGGGUAACAAUAAGCAGACUGAUCUUGAACCAAUAAACAUUCAACCAACGAUUACGCGUCCGAAUACUCUAAAUAAUCCACAAUUCGGAAUACAUCAAUUACACAAUCAAGCAAGUUCUUCACCUUCAACUUCUUAUUCUUCGAAACUUCAAACUGAUUCUCCCCAAUCUCAUGCAUCAGCUGCACAAAUUCAGCCGUUGACCACACGAGUUCAACUUUCUCCUUCAUCUUCAAAUUCUCCUCAAAAGCUCGUACAACCAGUAAUCAGUCAAUCAACACCAUCUCCGACAUUGUCGCAGCAAAGCUUUCAACAACAAAGCCCUUCUUUGCCUUCACGACAGCAAUUAACACCUUUAAAUCAAAAUAAUGGUGCUUUAUAUAGCCGACCAUUGAACCAAUCAGGUAGCACUUCAAAUAAUGACCAGCUAAAUUCUAGACGCGCAUCUGUAAAAUACGAUUCCCUACCAAUGCAAAGUAAUCCAUUAGUUCAGCCAACGCAACAAGACUUGCCUGUUACAGUAUCGAGACAACAACAAAUACCUCUGACGUCGGCAUUAAAAUCAUCCGAUCAACGAAAUACUCUCGAUAAUUCUAAAAAGAUACGGAUGUGGUCAUAUUUAACUUCGUUGCAAAGCUUUGAGAAAGCUAUUCAAAAUAAUAGCAUUGAUGAAGCUCUUGAAAACCUAAAAAAUAUUUUCGAAACAUUCUUGAAGAAUGUAGAUCUUGGAUUUCCUAAUUCACCUCAUGUUAAGGAAUUGCCCGAAAAGUUAGCAAAACCUUUAUGUAAUUCAAUUAACUUUGACGAACUAAAAGGCUGUUAUGAUCUGACUAGUCGAUUACUUAAAAUUGAACCCUCUGGAAAAAAUCUUUUCAAUCUAUUGCUUUCAUGGAUAUUUCAGUGGAGAGCCGAAUCAAAUGAUAAUAAUUCUAAUAAAUAUAAGGCAUUUGAAUUGCUAAGGCUGAUAGUUAAUUGCGCUGAACAGUCAGAUGGAAGCAAAGAAAUUCAUGUCAAAGCACGAUCUAAACUAAUGUCGAGUGUGUUGCUCGAUACAAUGGGUAGCAUUAACACUAACUUGCCAGAAGCUAUCGAGUUGUAUACCACUUACCUAAAAUUUGAAAUAACACGUGAAAAGUCAUUGUCCGAGAUUGAAGAAGAAUUUAAACAAGAAUUUCAACAUAGAUGGUUUGAAGAUCUGACUGAAAACGAAAAUAAUGUAUUUUUAUCCAUGGUCCCACAAUUGCUUAAGUGCUGGCCAGAUAUUUUCGUUGGAGUUCCACGGUUCAUUUACAUGAUUGUGAGCGGAGUAAAUCCUGCAAUA